AUGGAGGUCCCUGGACUAAACUCAGAAUCCAUCCGACGCCGCUGGAUUACGGAGUACGGCCCGGUACCUGCCACCCAGCUGCCUUUGGCAGACUUAGUGGAUGAUGCAACGCUCGGAUCCUGUCGCCGACUGACUGCUGCUGCGACAACGCAUGCCCCACUGCCCGAGGGUCAGAUAGGAGAAUUCUUCACCAUGGAUCAGUUCCACUGCUCUUUCAAGCCCUUGCUGAAGUCCUGGAGUGCACCUUCAGGCUUCUGUGGUGCCAUGGCUGUGGCUGGGGUCGAGCUCUUGUUCGAAACGCUUGUCACGGGACCAUUGGGAGUCGCUGGGACACCCCAGGCACCCGACUUCAUGUCAGAUCUUGCAUCCACGCCCCUCUGCUCCCUGGACUUAAUGCCACCUCGAGCUGAGUCAAUCAUGAAGCAAAUUCACAGCCGGCGGACCAGCUACAUCCAAGACCAUGCUGCCAGCUUUGAUGCCAAAGGCGCUCGACAGAAAUAUUUGAGUGCAUGGUAUGCAAACUACGAGCUGUCUGACGUUCUCCGGGAGUACUGCGCGCAACAGCCGGCGAUGGGCGUGCCAGAUGACCUCCUUGACCAGAUUCUCUUCUUGCGGGAAAAUCAGUGGCCAGCAUACGCUGAUGCUGAACACGAGGAGCGGGAGCGGCUGGUUGAGGAAGAAUGCUUCGGAGGCUGCAAGGUGACUACGGAGAGUGGGAGCGAAGGUCUUCGUUUCGAUCCAAAGAAUGGAGAUCGCUCGGUGAUUGUGGAGAUUCCAAACAGAGGGCUCUUGCUGCGUGCGGAUGAAUGGGAGGUCCGAUGUGCAGGAACGGCUGGAUUUCCGAGGAUUGCUUGUCUCGAUGUGGGUGGCCACUUCACCUGUGCGGUGUUCUUCGAAGCACCUGCUGGCGAGGGAGGUCUCAUGCCAAGUACACUACAUUUCAACACCACGAAGAGCAAGUAUUGCAACCGCCACAUGUUACAGCUUGCUCACUUCCUCUUCGCAAUGCGAGCUCCGGUCGCACCAAGCGCCGGUCAAGGACUGAGCGAAGAGUCUGCGCCCUCAUCACUCACCCGUGAAGCCUUCGUCAUUUACGACUCCGAUUGA